AUGGAGUGUAUUAAAAAAAUAACAUCGAUUCUUUUGGCUCAGCUUCCACCUCAAUACGUCCCAACAAUAGACCACUUUUUCUUUAAUAUUGAUUUGUGGACCAACUUUGAUUAUUAUAUUACUCUAUUCACAAACGGCAAAUUCAUUCCCUCUGAAUUCAGCUUUAUUCCCAAUGAAACCCCAAUUUCCACCUUGAAAGAGGUGUCUACUUAUAUACUUACCUAUUACAUUAUUAUAUUUGGGUGUAGAUAUAUUUUACAGAAUUACGUGCCAUUGAAGUUAAAAGGAGUUUCCCAAAUACAUAAUUUGCUAUUAACCAGCAUAUCUUUAACUUUAUUAGUAUUAUUUGUUGAACAAUUAAUUCCACUUAUUUAUCGUCAUGGGUUGUAUUUUGCCAUUUGCGACGCACAAGCAUGGUCUCAACCAAUGGUUACUUUAUACUACUUGAACUAUUUAACUAAAUUUGUUGAAUUUACUGACACUUUAUUGUUAGUACUAAAACACAAAAAGUUAACAUUUUUACACACAUACCAUCAUGGCGCUACUGCUUUAUUAUGUUACACUCAAUUGAUUGGCGAAACUUCGAUUUCCUGGGUCCCUAUUACAUUAAACUUGUCGGUUCAUGUUAUAAUGUAUUGGUACUAUUUUUUGGCGUCAAGAGGCAUCAGGGUGUGGUGGAAAGAAUGGGUCACCAGAUUUCAAAUCAUCCAAUUUUUAUUGGAUAUUGGCUUUAUUUAUUUUGCUACUUAUCAAAAGAUCGUUCAUACUUUUGCGCCUCAGAUACCACAUUGUGGUGAUUGUGUAGGGUCUACCGGUGCAACCAUUGCCGGCUGUUGUAUUAUAUCUUCUUAUUUAUUCCUAUUCAUUGCCUUUUAUAUUGAUGUUUAUUUAAGAAGAGGUACAAAAAAAUCAAGAAUCGUGAAGCGUGCUCGCGGUGGUGUAGCUGCUAAAGUCAAUGAAUAUGUUUUAAUUGAUGUUGCUAAUGCUGCCACCCCAUCUCCAUCUCCAGCUCCAAGUUUUAGAAAUAGGAAAUCGAACGGUCAUAAAAAUGGUUCUCACAGGAAACAAAGAGUUCAUGGUUCUCUGAAUUAA